AAAAAAACAGCCACAAAGGAGGGCAUGGGUCUCGCGCCACUAACAGACAGCGAUCAACAAUGCGUCCGAAAUUCUGGGCGAGGGAAGUCAGCAGGGCCUUGUGUUCCUGCUGCUUCUGCUCCUGCUGCCCGACCCUCAGUGAAGGGUCGCAAGCGUGUGAUGGUGUGGGCGGUGGGCGGCCCCCGUGAGCGGCGGGCGGGGGCGCAGCGCCCCUGCUGUGUCUCCCCGCCUCUGCCCCGCCCAGCCUCCGCCAAGUGAUGAACCGCUGGCCGGAGGGGCUCCAGCAGAGCGCCGUCGGCGGCGACGGGCCGUCCCGCCCCCCCGGCAGACGCCACCGCCUGCAGGGCGUCUAUGAUGGCCCCGAGACGGCGGCGGCGCUGGCCUCCCUGCGCGCCCCGCCCGACGCUGAUCGGGAAAACACCGAUGACUCCGGCAUGGGCGCCGACUUGGAGACUGACGACCGUGGUCCCAACGGCAGGGAGGCCAGUGCCGACGACGAUGACGACGACGAUGAGGACGAGGAGGAAAGUGAGACGGAGACGGAGACUGAGAGCGAAAACGAGCCUCCCAGGGCUCGCCGGCGAAGUAGCGUGGGCGUUGAGCGGCAGCGACGGCCGUCCUACACCUGCUACCAUAGCGCCCCGCUGCCCCGCGGGGCCGUGCUGCGCGUGGGCCGCCGCCCGCGGCCGCGCCCGCCCCGCACCCUGGACAUGAGACAGCUGGCGGCGGGCGCCACCGUCAUGCUGGCGCCGCUCACUCCGGAGCUGCUCAGGUAACGCGCCGCGGCGCCCCGGGGAUGCACCGUAGAGGCUGGGCUAUGGCAUGAUGCUCGCGGCUGGCUAACACUGCUUCUCAUGGCUUAGCGAUUUUAGAGCGGUAGAUGCACCACCACCUGCACCGCACCACCAUACUCAC